AAUUGAGAGCUGAGAUUCCCAUUCACUCCUCUGGUCUGUCACUGCUAACAAACACACCUUCAUUGUUUCUGUUUUUUUCCCCUUCAUGCUGCUGGAAUCAGUGUUUAAAUGAAGACCAACAGGACUGAAGCUCAGAAACUGCCACAUUUCCUCUGACUUUAGUUUGGAGUAAGGCUCAGAUUUGGAGGAUCUUGGGCAGGUGUUUGGGACAUUGGGCCUGAGUUUGAAAAUUGUCUGAAGUGACACAAGGAGGAUGAUUCAGGAAGUCUUUUCAAAUAUCAUGAAUUUCUACGACUACCUCCUGAAAAGAACAGAUGAGCGAGUGCGGGAUUACCCUCUGAUGCAGAGUCCGAUCCUGAUGACCCUCAUCUUGGUGAGCUACGUGGUCCUGGUCCUGUACGUGGGGCCGCGCUACAUGGCUAAGCGCAAACCCCACCACCUCAAAACCCCAAUGAUCAUUUACAACUUCUGCAUGGUGUUCUUCAAUGCCUACAUUGUUUACGAGUUCAUGAUGUCUGGCUGGGCGACGACAUUCACGUGGAGGUGUGACCUCAUCGACAUCUCCACCAGCCCACAGACUCUCAGGAUGAUUCGAGUGGCCUGGUUGUUCUACUUUUCCAAAUAUGUUGAACUUCUAGACACUGUUUUCUUUGUGCUGAGGAAGAAACACAGUCAGGUGACGUUUCUGCACAUCUUUCACCACUCUUUCCUGCCCUGGAGCUGGUGGUGGGGCAUCACUCUUACCCCAGCCGGAGGAAUGGGUUCUUUCCACGCCAUGGUGAACGCCAUGGUGCACGUCAUCAUGUACACCUACUACGGCCUUUCUGCAGCGGGGCCGCGCUUUCAGAAGUUCCUGUGGUGGAAGAAGUACAUGACCGCUAUCCAGCUGAUUCAGUUCGUCGUGGUGUCUGUCCACAUCUCUCAGUAUUACUUCAUGGAAGACUGUGAAUACCAGGUGCCUAUAUUUAUCCACCUCAUCUGGAUCUACGGGAUGUUCUUCUUCGUUCUCUUCUCCAACUUCUGGAUCCAGGCUUACGUCAAGGGCAAGCGGCUCCCCUCCAACACCGAAGACAAACUCAAGCAAAACGGCCACGUUAACGGCACGGAGACGGACAUAUUGGCCAACGGCACGCACGCGGACAAAGGCACUGCGCACCACACAAACGGGUUCGCCGGGAACUCGAAAGUAAAGGAGGUAUAGAGGAAAAGGAGGAAAAAAGGAAAUGAGAACCGCUAGCGUGAAGGACUUGCUGAGACGGAUGUAACUGAGAUCACACAGGAGACGAGGCACACGUUUGUUCGCUUGUUUGUAUUUAUUUGUCCACGGUGCAUUAAGAUAAAGGUCACAGAGGUCAUGCUGACUUUUGUGUUGUCAUUAGCAUGUAUGUUUCUCCACACACACACACAAACACACACACCGUGCAUCUGAAUUGACUGUAAAUAAAUAUUUGUGCAAAGUUA